AUGUUUCGGUUUCGAAGACAGACAAAAGUCGCCGUGAUAACAGUAGGUGCAGUUCCGAAGUUUCCUUCAUGUUAUGUUCUACGUGAACCCAAACUGGAAUUGGACCGACAAAUACACUCAUUUACAAAUUAUUUUGGUUUUCGCGAGAGACUCAACUGGAGCGCUGGUUUGUGCUAUUACCCAAAUGAAUGUGCUUCACAAAGGCCGCCUGGUACUUCAGUUGACACGACAUUCGAGAUAUCGCAAUAUAGGUCACUAUUAGAGAAAUACAGUUUAAUCUCCCGUGAAAACCAAACUAAUUUACAGAAGGACGAUCGAACAGCGGCCCAAAUUGAGGUAAAAAACAAACUUCGGGGUAGUGGAUAUCCAGCUAGCUUGAUUAGGCGUCAAUUGCGAAGGGUGUUGAUACCGGUAGAGAAACCCAACAGGGAAUGGAUUGGGACAGCUGUUAUUCCAUAUAAACCAGGGACAUCGGAGGUAAUUCGAAGAAUUCUAAACACGGCCAACAUUAGAGUAGCUUUCCAGAGGGGGAACACUCUGCGCUCGACACUGGUGCAAUUGAAGGAUCGCCUCCCGGCAAACAGAACCAAAGACUGUGUCUACAAAAUCAAGUGUAAUGAAUGCUCCAAGGUCUGUAUAGGACAAACGGCCAGGGAACUACACAUCAGAGUCGGAGGGCAUAGUAGAAAAAUAAACAGACCGCCGAGAAACGCAGGUGAAUAUCGAUCGUCACUGGAUGACUUGGCGAUUGCGGAACACGCAAUCGACACAGGACACAAAAUAGAGUUAGAAAAUGUUGAGGUUUUGAGGCGAGGACUACGGUCCACGUCACACAGACUGAUCGCCGAGGCGGUAGAAAUCGCCAAGCAUCCCAGUUUUAACAGAAUAGAAGGUGUGGAACUGGCAAGCGUGUGGAGAACGGUUCUGGAUCAGUCGAGCUGA